ACACUACAGCCAAACAAAUCUUGACUCCCUACUUUCAAAUUUCAAGCACACAAUGCAAAUGAGUGGCUCUUGCUGCAUAAUUCAGAACAUCUUAUAUUGGCAAACUGCGUACACCUACUUUCUUCUUAUGGUAAUUUAUUAUUGGCACAGACGAGUUUGUGUGGGAAGAUCUCAAAUGAAAGUGAUUUUCUGCACUUGCACUUUUGGCGAAGCAAGAUACCUGUGAAACGGAAAGCUGGUAUUGUGACCCUAACCCUAGGCAACACACAUUACAGUAUUUUUGCUCUCAAAAAUAUUUUCAGGGUGCUUUCUCUUGGGAGCAACGUUAAUUCAAUCAAGACGAUUCCAACGACAUCAGCACCUGCAGACCAACGCCAAAAUGUGAACCUGGUGGUGUUCCCCCAUAGCUUCCAUGGCAUUCAAAUAAUGAAAUCCAUCUAAGCCUUGCAACCAAGUUUGUCUAUUUCAACCCAUGCUAAAUAUUGCGGACACUUAUUCCUUGGAAAGUUAAUGUUAUCUGUACGAUGCACCUUCAUUAUGAUAAAUGAUGCGUUGCGCAAAACAUGAUCAUGGAUUAACGAAACUAAGAUCUGCAUCUCGAGUUCAAAAUAAAAAUGGUGGUUUCAAAGUUGAGAGCUAUUAACGAUAAACCAUUGAUAAGAUUAGCUGAGGCUGAGCCGUUAGCGAUCAGUUUCCAUUUGCUUCAUAACAUAUGCCGAAUAUGUUCAAUACAGUUGGGGAGUAUUUGGUAAUUUUCAUAGCAAUAACCGUAAUCACUUUCAUUAAAUUACUAAUAACGCCUGAAGGUACGCCGAUAUUUAAUGUAUACCGCACACCAUCCAGUUUGCAUUGGCUAAAAACGGGGGUGAUGUUUAUAAUCCUAUCAAUUCAAAAGCUACAACGAAUGUUGGCAUCCACGUCCAUAGAGUAUGAGAACUUGGAAACGCCACAGUUGUUGGCCCACGAUAACGCGAUCGACUUUGUUUAUUUCACCGCCUGCAAUGCAGAAGGUGAUAAUUUCACCGCAUCAAUAGCUCGAAGAAGCAGUAGCCUGGCAGACGCUCACUUAUUUUUAAAAUUGCCUUCAUCCUCACUUGGUCUAAUGGAACAUCCCAAUACUCCAUCAACCACGUUUAGCACGGACAAAAGCGAAUUUCACGCAGAGGGCUUGAAGAUGAUCUCCGUUACCCCAGUUAAGAAGUGGAAGAUUACGUAUGACGGAAAAAUGAGAGCGACUGCCGAUUCCAGUAGAUUGUAUUCCAUUCAGAUUUAUUUAACAUUCAGAUCAAGUAUUCCAAUAUUUGAUAGUGUUGUAGAUAUUGAUUCUUUCUUAACAGCAAGCGCGAUCUCUUUAGAACCUUGGAGUGUGGAAUACUUUCAAUUGUUAAACAAGAAAGAUCGGUUGCACUACGGCCAAUUUGGUGAACUGUCUGGGAAAAUUGUCAUUGAAGGUAAAGAAUAUACAUUAAGUAUGGACGCCAUCCGAUAUCGUAGUUAUGACGCAAACUGGAAUUGGGCCGUUGUCCAUCGCUCUGUUGUUCAUUAUUUAACCGCUGAGAACGGCGAUCGCUUUAUCAUUGGUAAAGAAUCCAUGCCGAUAACGCUUUCCAAUUUGACGUGGGGCUUUGUGUAUUGCGUUAGAGAGAAAAAGACUUAUCCUUUGCAAGGUUGCAAUUUUGAACUGUAUCAGCAUGGAGAAGAAGAAGAGCCACCUAUGGACUAUGCCUUUAUAUGCAGUGCAGGCAAUCGGCAGUAUGCCAUUCAAAUCAAAGUGGAGCAGUCCUCGGUGUGUUAUGUUAGCAAAGAGUGGGAGUGCAAGGUUAUCGAGCGAAUAUGUAAUGCGGAGAUAGACGGCAAAAGAGGAUGGGGUACAAGUCGAUGGUUAUAUCGCAAUGUAUACGGGAAAAGUUGACUUGUAUCUUUGAAUUUCGCAAUUUAUGUCUA